AUGCCCUUCUUCCGUGGUUUAGACUCUGCCCCCGCCUCAGAGACAUCCAGUGUCGCCAGCCUGGAAGCGCCCUUGUACACUGCGCGCUUAGCGCUCACUCGGCUCGCAAGCACAUCAAAACACAAGUCUAUUACGGCUAAAUUGGAUCUUGUCCAAUCAGGACGGAUCGCUCUCGACAUAGUCGAAGUAGCACGGAGAGCGAAUAUUCGUCGGAAGGAUUGCAUCUCAAUUGCUGAGGAAGCUUACCAACUCGUUAACGCAGUUGACGGAGGCGUCAAGGGACGUGCCAUCGACGUCAACAACGUUCUGAAGGAUUUUGUCGCCAGACUCAACAGAGAUCUAGAUGAAGUGCGAGUCAUUCUCAAGCGCUUCAGCUCCUGCUGGGCCUUUUUCCGUUUCCGCAGCGCCUCGCGGGACCUCGGACGGUGCCAUGACAUCCUGAGCAACGGCAUGGAAAUGUACCUCCUGCUCUUGAAGUGUUCGAUUGCCCAGCCCGAGCGAAGAGACUCCCUGCGACAGAAGUACGAGGUCAUGGUUGGCCGGCAGUCCUCGCUUGACCACCACCACGACCGUUCUCGGCAGCAUCCUCAGAAAACUGCUCCUACGUCCCCGCACAAACCGCCUGGAAGGCUAGUCAGUACCGCGUCUCGUCCUCGUCAAGCGCGCAGCUCCGGUUCUGUGGCGUUCUAG